AUGUCGAACUCCAGCUUCAGCGCAACACUAUUUAACGUCGUCUUCACACCAAACAACCGCAGUCUGGCCUUCAACAUCGAAGGUAUCUCAAACAUCGCAGGAAAGGUCGAGGCCGAUCUGGAGUUGCUUGUCUACGGCUACAGCGCUAUGAACCAAGUGCUCGAUCCCUGCGGCAACACCGAUCUCUCCGGCAUGUGCCCUAUGAACGCCGGCCCUCUCACAAUCAAGUCGAACCUAGACAUUUCUCAAGAUAUUAUGGGCUCUAUUCCCGGAAUCGCCUACACCGUUCCCGACCUGGACGCCGUCGUCCGCAUCAAGAUCAAGGACCAGGACACCAAGGUUCAGCUUGCUUGCGUCGAAGCCGAGCUUUCCAACGGACACUCAGUCGAGCAAAAGGCCGUCGCGUGGACGACCGCUGUGAUUGCUGGUCUCGGCCUUGUGGCCUCCGCUGUUACCUCAGGACUAGGACACUCAAAUACCGCCGCGCACGUUGCCGCUAAUGCGAUGUCGCUGUUCGGUUACAUGCAGGCUCAGGCUUUCAUUGGCAUGACCGCUGUGCCUUUGCCUCCUAUCGUCGCAGCCUGGACCCAAAAUUUCCAAUGGUCCAUGGGUAUCAUCCGUGUUGGUUUCCUCCAGAAGAUGGCCACUUGGUACCAGCGCGCUACUGGGGGAACUCCUACCACCUACCUGUCUCAGCUGGCGUACAUCAGUGUCGAGGUCCAGAAGAAGAAGAAGAUGAAGCGUGCGAUCGAUGGAGUCAAGUUCGCUACCCGCGCCGUCCAGCGUCUCAUGAAUCGCAGUAAUGCUGCUGCUACCGAAGCCCAGGCUGGUGGCGAGCGUCUUGUCCUGCACGGCAUCGAGCGUGUCGGCUUCAAGGCCCGCAUUGAGACGACCAACAUCUUCUUUACUGGAUACACCUUCUUCAUGAUCUUCGUCCUGUUUACCGUUAUUGGUGUAGUCGCCUUCAAGUUUAUCUGCGAGGGUCUCACCAAGGCUGGCAGGAUGAAGGGCGACAAGUUCAUCGAUUUCCGCAAUGGCUGGCGCACUGUGCUGAAGGGCAUUCUGUUCCGUGUUGUGCUCAUCGGGUUCCCCCAGAUGAUGAUGCUGGGCCUGUGGGAGCUCACCCAGCGCGACUCGGCUGGAGAGGUUGUUCUGGCUAUUCUCACCAUUCUCACCAUGAUUGGUGUUCUCGGUUGGGCCUCUUCCAAGGUCGUUCGCAUUGCGCAGCGCUCGAUCGCUAUGCACAAGAACCCCGCAUACAUCCUUUACUCGGAUCCUGUCGCUCUCAACAAGUGGGGUUUCUUGUACGUCCAGUUCAAGGCUGCCGCUUACUGGUUCAUCAUUCCGUGGCUCGCCUACCUCUUCGUUAAGGCCAUGUUCGUCGGUCUCUCCCAGUCUAACGGUACCGUUCAGGCCAUUGCACUCGUUAUCAUCGAGGCCGCUCUGCUCAUCGGUGUCUCUGUACUCCGCCCGUGGAUGGACAAGAAGACCAACGGUUUCAACAUCGCCAUCGCCGCUGUAAACUUCCUCAGCGCCAUCUUUUUGCUGAUGUUCACUGAAGUCUUCAAGCAGCCUGGCAUUGUCACCGGAGUCAUGGGUGUGAUCUUCUUCGUUUUCAACGCCGCGUUUUCCCUGAUUUUACUCCUUAUGCUCCUCGUCUCUUCUGGGUUCGCCCUCUUCACCAAGAACCCCGACACACGUUACCAGCCCAUGCGCGACGACCGUGGUUCCUUCAUCAAGUCGCAAACCCAGCUGACAACCGAGCUCGAUGCUCUGGGCGCGACUGCACGCGGUGAGGGUAAGGGAACUCACUCGCGCAGCCGCAUCGAUGAUGACGACGAUUACUCUUCGGAGGAGCAGCGCCAGAUUGCUGCUAAGGAAGGCGGCUUCAACGAGCACUACCAGCCUGCCCCACCUCGCAGCCCUGCCAGCACCACACAUACACAACACGCACCCCCUUCCUUCUACGAUCGCAGCAAUGCCAGCCCAGCCCCUUCAUACGGACGGGAGGGCAGUCUACGAGACGACGUGCAGCACCGAGCGGCAAACAACCCGAGCCCAUGGCAACGAGGAGCUGGUUACGACAAUUGA